GCGAACGCACGCGAAGAAUUUGCGUAUUAAAAGGUACAGCGGAACAGAAAUUAAUCUUCAAGUUCGUGAUAUCGCGAUCGCGUCUGUCCGUGUUUGUAACAGUUUCUCUCGAUUUUUUCGUUUCUCCAUUCUCGGUCGAUGCCGCGUGAUAUUGAGACACCACGUGCAAUGUUACACUCGCUCGCGUUCGAACGAUAAUUGUCCUUUUUUUUUUCUCUCCUUGCAACACGUCGUAGAUCGUAACCUCGUGAGCCGGGCAAGCGAAUUUCAUCGCGAAGAAAAAUCCCGUGUUUUCGAGGAAGAGGAGGAAAAGAAGGAGACUUUGCUGUCGACAGAAAUAAAAGGAUGAGUCCGUUAAACCGAGGGUCCCCUCUGGGAUCCAGAAUAUUACCGGCCGGCGCGCGUCCGCUCCCGCCACCCAGGUUUGGUGGGAGACCCGCCAUCCCGCAACGCGUACCGCUCCCGCCACGGAUGCCGUCGCCGCCACGGAUGCGUCGGAUGCCACCGAUGAAUCCCAUGUUCGGUCCGGUCGAUCCCAGGCAGAGGAUACCGCCACCGCCCCCGCCGCCGCUCUCGCAACCGUCGAGACCCGUCUCCGGCGGUGGCGGCAUAUCUCGACUCAACGGCGUACCGCCGUUGUUCCCUGGGGGACUUAGGGCACGUGGGCACUUGGCGCCCAUCGCGCCUCCGAUGGGGCCGCGCGGACCUUUCAUGCGACCGUGGCCCCGGAGAAUGCUACCCCCGCAGAUGAUGCCGCCUAUGAGGCCUAUGAGGUACAACACGGGCAAUGCGAGUCUCAAGGGCAAGCCGAUACGUAACGCCAAGAAAAUCAACAACCGCGCGGAGUCAGAUUUAAUAAAAAAGUCAUGGAUGACUGACGAAAUUCGUCAUGAGAUACAAAAGAAAACUAGAUUAUACCUUAGAGCAAAAAAAUAUCAAAACAAAAAUACAGUAGAAUGGCAAGAAUUUAGAGAUACACGAAACAAAGUAACCAGAAUGAUAAGAGAUGCAAAAAAUGAAUAUUUUGCAAAACAUCCUGAACAGGUUCCCCCAAAUCCAGCCGACGAAGAGACAGAAAAUCAAGGGGACGAAAAUUGUGCCAGUUCCAAUGACAAAAAAUCUUACUAUUGCGAAGUAUGCGACAGAGAUUUUCCGUCCAAAGAUACUCUGUCCGAGCAUAAAAGCACACACAGAGUUUGCGGCAUUGAUGGAUGCACUUUUUCGGCACAUCCCAUGCUCGUGGAGAAACAUAUUAGUAUGCAGCAUCGUACCGGAUUGUACCAGAGGAUGAAAGAUUUAUCGAUACCUGAAAAUCUUGAAAAGUGGUUAAUGGAACGGAAAAAGAGAUAUCCUACUGAAGCUAACAUAAACUUACGCAAAGCCGAAGAGUUAGAAAAAUUACAAAGGGGAGAGAUAAUCAAGCAAAACUCUAAUGUACAUACCAGAACGAACAAGACAGUAAAUGUGCGUCAGAAGAAACGUAGACCUCGCAAACGUUAUGGAUGCGAAAAUAAUAAUUAUGUUCAUACAGAUGAAUUAUACAGAGGUUUACAUCCUUUUCCUGGAACAAGUGUUUUGCAAGAAGGUAACAAAGUAUGCAUAGAGAAAGAAGGCAACAAAGUAUGCAUAGAUGAAGAAGUGGGUUUACAUGAAGAAACAGAUUUAUAUGCAGAGAUUACUGGCAAUAUUUCGGAUGAGGAUGAUAUAUUGCAAACAUCUACAACACUUGAAGCCACUAAUUUACCUGCAAUUAGUUCACCUAUUUUACCAAUUUUAGUAGCGAAUUAUGAAAGUGAAAGCGACGAUGAAGCUCCAGAAGAAGUGCCAGUGAAACGAAUGAAAAUAGAAGAGCUUCAACAGGAUAAAAUAACAAAAAAUACAAUUGAUGAAGAAAUUUCUGAUAUACAAAAAUGCGAAAAUGAUAAAUUGAAAAGCGAUAAAUUGAAUAAUGAAUCCCAAAAAACUGUUGUUAAAUAUCAAAAUGAGCAAAAGCAUGAAAUGAAUAGAAUUUUAAUCGAUAAUAAAAAUAAUAAGCUUUUACGUAGGUAUCACAAUAAAUUAUUAGAAAAGCUGCUUUCACAUUCUAUACAACAUGAGAGAAAUUUAAUUUGUCAAUGUAUAAAAUAUAUUAUAGAUAACAAUUUUUUUGAUUUGAACUAGUGGUUAGGUGGUUUGAAAUAGCAAUUAUGCAAAAAUGUUAUACUUCUGAAAUAAAUUUAUCAUUAUGGA